GCUCCAGGGAAACCUGUGACUCAGACACCAGCCAUCCUGACCUGAAAGGGAAAGAAGCAGAGGACGGAAGGUGAUGAGAUCUGGGAUGGGGGACACCCCGGGUAGAGGGGGAGCCCAGAGAAGUUGCCUGAAGAAGCCCGGCCUGUCUGAGAACUGUGAACGGAGACCAGAAGGACCACCAGCGCGAGCGAGUCUGGCCUACGGCGAGGACCUUGAGGAAGAAGACUCCGGCUCAGCGUUCACCUGGGAGGUGAAGGCCAACAACCGGACCUACAACAACCAACUGAAGCAGAAGGUCUUCCUGUGCUGGCAGAGGAAGAAGUACAAGGGCAACAUCAUCCACACAGCCAAGUACAACGUCUUCUCCUUCCUGCCCUUAAACCUGUACGAGCAGUUCCACCGAAUGUCCAACCUCUACUUCCUUUUUAUCAUCAUUCUCCAGGGCAUCCCCGAGAUCUCCACGCUGCCCUGGUUCACCCUCUUCGCCCCGUUCACCUGCCUGCUCAUCAUCCGGGCCACCCGAGACCUGGCAGAUGACAUCGGCCGACACAGGAGUGACAGGACCAUCAACAACAGGCCCUGCCAGAUGCUGGUGGGGAGCAGCUUUCUGUGGAGAAAAUGGAAGGACCUGUGUGUGGGGGACCUGGUCUGUCUGCACAAGGACAACACUGUCCCGGCCGAUGUGCUCUUGCUGGCCAGCACGGAGCCCAGCAGUUUGUGCUACGUGGAGACAGCAGACAUCGACGGGGAGACCAACUUGAAGUUCAGGCAGGCCCCGAUGGGCACGCACCAGGCGCUGACCAGUGAAAGGAAGAUGGCUUCCUUCCAAGGCACGGUGGUGUGUGAGGAACCCAACAGUCAGAUGCACCACUUUCUGGGGUGCCUGCAGUGGGAGGGCAAGAAAUAUUCCCUGGACAGUGGCAAUAUCCUCCUACGUGGCUGCAAGAUCCGAAACACAGACACCUGCUAUGGACUGGUCAUCUAUGCCGGUUUAGACACGAAGAUCAUGAGGAACUGUGGCAAAAUCCAUCUGAAGAGAACCAAGAUAGACCGUCUGAUGAACAGGCUGGUGAUCCUGAUCUUCAUGUCCCUGGUGCUGAUCUCCAUGGCUUUGACCUUGGGCUUCUGGGACAAGGUGAAGGAAUUCAAGGCCAAGCACCACUACGUGUCUGAGAAGCUCACGUACAGCGUGGCCACCGAGUCUUUCUUCACCUUCUGGGGCUUCCUCAUUCUACUCAGCGUCAUGGUGCCCAUGGCUAUGUUCAUCAUAACCGAAUUCAUCUACCUGGGGAACAGCAUCUUCAUCAACUGGGACAGGCAGAUGUACUACCAGCCCCAGAACAUGCCUGCCAGAGCCCGAAACACCAGCCUCAGUGACCAGUUGGGUCAGGUGGCGUACAUCUUCUCGGACAAGACCGGCACGCUCACACGGAACAUCAUGACCUUCAAGAAGUGCUGCAUCAAUGGCGUUGUCUACGGCCCAGACGAGGAGGAGACCCCACCCAACGAGAACCCCUACCUCUGGAGCAAAUCUGCGGAUGGGAAGCUGCUCUUCCAAAAUGCGAGGCUCCUGAGCGCGGUGUGCGGCAACCAGGACGCGAUGGUGCGGGAGUUCUGGCGCCUGCUGGCCCUCUGCCACACGGUGAUGGUGCAGGAGGAAGACGGUGACCCACUCCCACGGUCCCCUCCCCCACCAGACCAGCUGUCGUACCAGGCGGCUUCCCCUGAUGAGGAGGCCCUGGUCACGGCGGCCCGGAACUUCGGCUACGUGUUUGUGGCGCGCACGCAGGACAGCAUCACGGUGACGGAGCUCGGGGAGGAGCGGGUGUACCAGGUCCUGGCCAUGAUGGACUUCAACAGCGUCCGAAAGCGCAUGUCUGUGCUGGUCCGGAACCCCGAGGGCUCCAUCUACCUCUACACCAAGGGCGCAGACACCGUCAUCUUUGAUCGCUUGUAUAAGAAGGGCUUGACAGAGGGGACCACGGAAGAGGCCUUAACGUCCUUUGCCCAGCAGACCCUGCGCACGCUGUGCCUGGCCUACAAAAAGGUAGAUGAGGACACCUACCAGGAGUGGUGCCGGCGGCACCAGGAAGCCAGCAUCCUUCUUCAGAACCGGGCCCAGGCCCUGCACCAACUGCUGGGAGCCACAGCCAUUGAAGACAGGCUCCAGGACGGCAUCCUUGAAACCAUCCAGUGUCUCAAGCAAGGAAACAUCAAAGUGUGGGUGCUCACAGGAGACAAGCAAGAGACUGCGGUGAAUAUCAGCUUUGCCUGCCAGCUGCUGUCCGAGGACAUGCUCAUUCUGGAGGAGAAGGAGAUAGUUCAGAUCCUGGAGGCCUGCUGGGAGAGCAACAACAACCUGCCGAGUGGCCAGGGGUCUCUGAAGAACCGGUUCCCACCACAGGUCAAAACGGCCAUGGUCAUUAACGGAGAGUUCCUGGACCAGCUGCUGCCACCCCUGAGCAAGGAUUCCCAGGUGCUCGUCGGAAAUGUGAACGUGGACGGGCAGGAGCCCUGGCAGGAGCCCGGUGAGCGGAGGACAGACGUCCGGCAGGCCAGGCGCACCUCUCUCAUGUGGCAGACCCUGGGGGUCCAGCUGAGGCGCCCGGGGUUGGUGCCAAAGAACAAGCACUCCAACACCCGCGAGAGCCCCGAGGCGCGGCGGGAGCGGGCCUUCGUGGAACUGGCCUCGCGAUGCCAAGCCGUCAUCUGCUGCCGGGUGACUCCCAGGCAGAAGGCCUUGAUGGUGGCGCUGGUCAAGAAAUACCAGAACGUGGUGACCCUGGCCAUCGGGGAUGGUGCCAACGAUGUCAACAUGAUCAAGACGGCGGACAUCGGCGUAGGGCUGGCGGGCCAGGAGGGCAUGCAGGUGGUGCAGAACAGCGACUACAUGCUGGCCCAGUUCCACUUCCUGAGGCGGCUGCUGCUGGUGCACGGGCACUGGUCCUACAUGCGAGUGUGCAAGUUCCUGCGCUACUUCAUCUACAAGACGCUGGCCAGCAUGAUGGUCCAGAUCUGGUUCGCUUUCUACAGCGGCUUCUCUGCCCAG